AUGAGUCUACCUUUGGCUGAAGUAGUCACGUCAUUUCCUGACGAUUGUCUUCCCCCGGAACUCGAUUACGAAUUGAGGGAUGCCCUGUUCGUGUCUAUCAACUCAUGGGCUGCGACCAAGGGCUACGCAUUCACUACUGGGAGGUCAACCAAGGAGAAGAGUGGCAGACAGACGAUUACAUAUACAUGUGAUCGAUCGUGUCGUCCUUUUAGCGUGUCGAGAGAACGCCAGCGGAGGACAACUACCCGGGGAACCGGCUGCCAGUUCUCAGUCCUGGCCAGAGAAUCUCUGGAUAAGGGUACUUGGACUGUGAGGCAUCGCCCCGACAAACGGUUUUCCCUACACAAUCAUGAGCCAAGCCAGCAUCCAUCUGCUCAUCCAGCACACCGUCAGCUGUCCAAGGACGAUGCGACUCAAUUGGCCAGUCUUGUAAACUCCGGUAUAGCUCCUAAGGAUAUCAGAACGUAUAUACGACAGAACGGCAAUUCUCUGGCAACCCAGCAGGACAUCUAUAAUCGCAUUGCGGCUACAAAACGAGACAUUUGCGAAGGCCAGAGUACGAUACACGCACUUGCCAACCAGCUAGACAGAGAAGGAUUCUGGAGUCGAAUGCAGUUUUCUCCAGAUGGCCGGGUCACAGCUGUUCUCUUCGCCCAUCCAGACUCAUUGGCGUACCUUCAGGCCUAUCCCGAUACCCUCUUGCUGGACUGUACAUACAAGACCAACAAUUACGGCAUGCCGCUCCUUGAUAUGAUCGGGGUUGAUGCUUGCCAGCGAUCCUUCUGCAUUGCAUUCGCAUUCCUUCAUGGCGAGACCGAAGAGGACUACUGUUGGGCCUUGGACCAGCUGAGAUCACUCUAUGAGGUCUGCAAUGCUCGAACCCCCUCUGUUGUUCUAACAGACCGGUGUAUUGCAUGUAUGAACGCUGUUUCUACCUGCUUUCCAUCUGCUGCUUCGCUGCUAUGCUUAUGGCAUGCAAACAAAGCAAUUCUUCGUCAUUGCCAGCCAGCCUUCAUCCGCCAGCAUCAAGGACUGGAAGCGUGGAACGCGUUCUACAAGUUCUGGCAUUUGAUCAUAAGAUCGCCAGAUGAGGAGACAUUCCACAAGCGGGUGGAAGAGUUUGAGAAGCAGUAUCUUCCACAUCACAUCGAAGAGGUUGGAUACAUCAAAACCACUUGGCUCGAUCCAUACAAGGAAAAGCUGGUAAAGGCUUGGGUUGAUCAAUACUCUCACUUUGGCAACGUGGUAACCUCACGUGUUGAAGGUAUCCAUGCACUGCUAAAGGGGUACCUUCAGAGAUCUACAUUAGAUCUUUUUGAGGCCUGCAGGGCGAUCAAGCAAGCUCUACUCAACCAAAUUGGGGAGCUGAGGUCCAACCAGACCACACAGCAGAUUCGGUUACCGAUUGAGCUCUCUGGAUCACUGUACAGUGGGGUUUUGCUUGGCCAGAACUCAGUCCUUCGACUUGAGCAUUUCGCCUCGCAGUGGCAUCUCAGACGUGAUGGCACUCCUCAGUUGCUUCUGGAGCCUCGUCAGCGCAUUGAUCCUAUUGCUGCUGAUUCGACUAUACCGCAGUCAAGUACCAGGCGAGAGCCUAGCGGGUUUGAGAUAGCCGAGGCAUCAGCACGGCCAAGGGCAUUGCCCAGAUGCAGCAGAUGCCAUGCGUUGGGUCAUAUAAUGACCGCCAAAGCGUGUCCUCAGAGGCAUACAGAGCUAUUACAGCGGGCUUCACUUGCAACAACAGCUAUAUCGUCAACAAUCCAGCUCAACGCCAACGACACGCCCGGGUCGCCUACACCCCCGCCGCCUACACCCCCGCCACCUGCCCCCCCCCAGCUUACGCUCAAUCACCUUUGUCAAGUCCAUCUUCAAUGGGACCCGCGGGCGAUCUAUCAGAGAUAUGUUGAGGCAAGAGAAACUUGGUAUAGAGCCCAACCACGUGGGAGCAUCAAAACCAAUCAGCAAUACCGGAAAGCAAUGCGUUUACCUCUGCGAUAUAGCAAGGCAAGCUACGAGUGGUGCCUCGACUAUAAGCAGAUGACGAAGCACUGUACUACUGCAACAGGCUCAAGAGACUGGACGAAGGAGGAGAUGAUGGCCUACCUGGAUUGGAGCAGAGCAGAUGAUAGAAUUGAAGCUCUAGUAGCUCAGGAGAGGGAACACGAGCCAUUCGAUACAGGGAGAAGAGGUGUUGGUGAUAUCUGGAGGAGGAUAGAGAGGGAUACUGAGGAACAGCAAGCUUUAUAUUUUCUCUUACAGUCCGCAACGUUUGCGCCCGAAAAGGAAACGCAGAGGGCGGGCUUAGUCAUCACCACGGGACCCGUGAACCUAUUGGCUCCCAAGCUUGACAUCCAGCUUAGAAAGCACCCCCUCUGGAUCGAAUGGUACGAUGCCGGCCCCUGCAAAUCCACCCUGGAUAUUCUUCUCUGUCAUGGAAGCAAAGAAGGCUUCGCGAAAGGCGCAAAGGAACUCGAGCUUGCUGAUGUGGUUGAUAUGUGCCCGGCCCAAGGUUCUACGGUCGACGCCAUAUGUCUUAGCCGCGGUUCGUUCGGUCAGAUUCUUGUCGUUUUUAAGAGCUUGAAGUGCCAAGACCAUCCGGUCUUCUUUGAACGGCCCGAGCCUAUCCAGGGCUCGGGAGGUCUACCUCUGACGAGACACGAAGGUCUUACAAAGGCGCAGAGCUCCCUCCUUUCCCAGGCCCGUAUCGGGGAUAUAGGCCUCCGGGACUACCUGUUCAGGGUGAAAGUCCCGGAGGUCCGCACCCCCUAUUGCGAGUGCGGGAGAGGCAGGGAGACGGUGGAGCACUUGGUGGUUUGGUGCCCCGACCCGCCGUUACAAAGGCCGUGGGACGGCAGAGAGAUUCGGUCACAUCGGGACCUACAAACCGUAUUACGGGGAGUAGGUUCCCGGAGCAGAAGAUUUGUUAGGAAGGUCCUUGGCUGGCUGAUGGACUCUGGCCGGCUACUGGAGUAUAACCUGGCCAGAAGGCUGGAGCUAGAAACAGUGGAUGGGGAGGGCUAG